UAUCAUCGUCGCGACUAGUCGUACUUCUCGAGCGCUAAGUGGAACGCAGUGCAAAUAUUUGUUUUCGUUUAUUAUCUGUCCACUAUUAGUUGUCGCUAUCAGUAGAUAAAUUCGCGAUAAGUGAUUUGUGUGUGCAAUUUUUGGACGGUGGUAUCAAAUAAGUGGCAGCAAGUACAUACGCGAUUACAAAAGUGUGCCUCAUUCAGCUCAGCAGUAGCGACCAACCGGCAGCAAUGUGAAUUCUUGCAUGAUCGGUCCUCAGCUCAGAAGUGAACUCACUGCGCCCAAGUCCAGCCAGAAGCAACCCGCCCGUGUUACAAAGAGCCCGUAAAAUGAUGAAAUCACCCGUGCCAUUGUGAUCAAAGUGUUAAAAAGUGAAAUUGAAAUUAACGCGGUGGCAAUAUAUAUUAUUGGGCUUUAGUUUGGGCAACGUGCGUUAAAUGGGAUCAAGUAUGAAGCAAUCGAUCGAAAUGUCUGUGAUAUUAGUAUUAUUAGUGCUCUUGCCAGUGAUCAAGGUGAAUGGGUUUAAUCUAUCACCUCAGCCCAACUAUGUGUUCCAAGAACCUGCCCUCAAUAUUUACAUGAACAAAGUGCGUUCUUCCUUGUUUGGAUUCUCACUCAACCUGCGCCCUGGAGGGCUUAUCGUCGGCGCUCCUCGAGCCCAGUCCAACCUUGCGUCCCAGCGCAAGAUCAACGAAACCGGUGCCAUAUACAAGUGCCAUUACGACAGCGGAGAAUGUGCCCCGUACUACUUCGACCGCAACGGAAACACUAACGAUGAGAACGAACCCUUCGCCUACAGUUCGGAGAAGAAAGACUAUCAACUGCUCGGCGCCGCCAUGGAUGGUCACGGCUCCGAUGGCGAUCGGUUUGUGGUUUGUGCGCCCAAAAUCGUCAGCGAACUGGUGAACUACUACUUGCUGCAUGGCAUCUGCUACCUCACCGAUGGAACCGAACUGAAUGAGCCCAAGUCCAUUCGGCCCAUCUAUCCGCUGAGAGUGAAAGAUAAACAACUCUAUCGAGACACGUACACCGGCAUUCAGUACUAUAACUAUAUGUACGGGGAGCAAGGUCUGAGCGUUCACAUCACCGAUGACAGUGAGGAGAUUCUAAUUGGCGCACCAGGUGUGUUCAAUUGGCGCGGCACGGUGAUUCGAUACAGACGUCAAGUGAACGAAGAUAUGGGGGGUCUGAGUCGACGAGAUGGUCGUCUGAAGGAGCAGGAGCGACCCAAACGACAGAUCAUCAGCUAUGUGUCCGAUGUGCCUAAUCCGUACUUCACUGCCCUGGAAGAUGAUUCAUAUUUUGGGUAUGCCGUGAGCUCAGGUUUCUUCCAGGAGAACACUAAACUGUUGUAUGUGGCCAGUGCUCCGCAGAUGCGAGUACAAACUGGUGAGGUGUACAUUUUCGAUAUCAUCAAUGCGGAUAGUUUCCGAGAAACGCAGAUCAAAAUUCUGUAUACCUUCCCUGGUCAGCAGCAAGGGGAGUACUUUGGAUAUGCACUCUUAACGGAGGAUUUCAACGGAGAUGGGCUUCCUGAUUUGGCCAUUUCAGCGCCAAUGCACAGUAAAAGCUCUGAACAUGAUAAUGGCGUAGUUUAUAUCUAUUUGAAUGAAGGUAAACUAAGUUUCAAUCUGCAGACGGUUCUAUCUACAAGCUACGAAUUCGGUGGAAGGUUCGGAACAAGUUUAGCAAAGAUUGGUGAUCUGAAUAUGGAUGGCUAUAACGAUAUUGCCAUCGGGGCACCAUUUGAAGGUAACGGCGUGGUUUACAUCUACCAUGGAUCUUCAAGCGGAAUACAAUCGAAACCAACCCAGCGGCUGCUUCCUCCUGAAAACGAUUUGAUGGAUCCUACAACUCAGCCUAUGUUCGGGCACGCCAUUUCUCGCGGGUCUGAUAUAGAUGGCAAUGGAUACCACGAUCUUGCCAUCGGAUCUCCCAACUCGGAGACGGUCUACGUCUACAAAACAUAUCCAGUGGUACGCGUUUUCAGCGUUGUUACCUCAUCGAAGCGAGAACUGUCGCCGGACGAUACGGCAUUCCAGAUGACAGUGUGCUGGCGAUAUGAGUCUGCCACCAAUAUACAACAUGACGUGGGCUUCAGCUACUCGUUGAAAGUGGAUGGGCAGAAUGGCCGAGCGCAGCUCAGUGAUGGGCAAAAUGUUAUGAACGGAACGAGUAAAAUUAAUUACGACGACUUCUGCCAAGAGUUUGAUGUUCGGGUUAAACCAUCGUUUGCAGACAUCUACAAACCAAUCACAAUUGAGUUUUCCUACAAAGUAUUGAGUAACAUUCCAUCGAACAGCGAGUUCUGCGAUACAUGCGUCAUGACCGAUCCGAACAUUGUGAAUACGGUUUACGAGAAGCUGUCUUUCAAAACGGGAUGUGCCGGCGAAACAUGUAUCGCUGAGUUGAAUCUGAAGAGCUCGUGGCUAGAUCUAAACUCACCGUACAUUAUAGGAAGUACCAGAACAGCUUCACUACAAUACGAAGUGGUCAAUUCCGGAGAAAACGCAUUUUUAACUCAAUUAAACGUAACGCUACCCUCAGUUUUAUCUGUGGCGAAACUUCCAUCUCAGUGCAAACUUACGAAUCUGAAUGAUGGACUGAACCUGUUGUGUGACCUCAACAACGGACUACCGCUACGAACAGACGGCUCUACAAAAAUUACCCUAGUUCUAGACAUGACCAAAGUCGAAGGGUCUGCUUUCACCAUCGAGGCUGAAGUAUUCAGCACAAGCGAAGAAACCAACCACGAUGACAAUUCACUGUUCACCACGGUGCAACUCAGGGAAUUCAGCGAGAUCGAAGUCGUUGGUAAAGCAUCGGUCUCGGAGGUGAAUUUGGAAGUUCAAACAGGAAAAAUUAAUGUAACCUACCAAAUACAAGUCAUGAAUAAUGGACCGAGCAGCCUGCGGGAUUUAACCUUCACUUUAAAAGUUCCUCUAAAGUACUUCAAACCAAGUUCGGCAGAUAUUUUGAACAUCAUAAAUUUUAAUGACGUCCUAAUUAGCGGUUAUUACAACUACAAAAACUUGGAUUUCACUUGGACCAAAGAAAACGUGAUACUCAUUCCGAACGUCAAAGAGUAUUCUACGCAACCCCCCGAAGUGGACAACCUCUACAAGCAGUCAAUGGAUUUCGAUCUACUCUCAGGUUCAUCCCAUCAAGAUGCUAUGGCAGACAGCAAUACUUUAUCUCGCCGACGGCGUUCUAUUCAGACCCAAUACAAUCGAUACAGCAAUCAGUUGGCGGAGCAUUCGAGAGCUCGUCGAAGCCUUGCCACUGUCAAUCCGGCCAUUCUGACUGGUCUGCCGGAGAAUCGUACCCUGUUUUUCCACUGCGGUCAGGAAGCGGUGCAAAUCGAUUGCGCAGAUGUUAGCGUCCAGGUGUCCAACUUCAAACCGGGCAACGUUCCGAUCGUGAUCAAUAUGCAGUUUGAGCUGAACCUGGAUCUGGUGGCGGAGAGCUUCCUGGAGCGGGAGGACAUCUUUGCGCUGCAGAUUUUGUCGGCACUGGAAGGAGAAGGCGGAGAUGGGUUUUCCGUGGCCAGGAAUAAUCCUUUCACUGUGGUGUACAAAUAUUUGGACGCCAGCACACCGAUUUGGGUGUACAUCGUUUCGGUGAUCGGUGGACUGCUGUUGCUGAUUUUAAUUUCAUAUGGCCUUUAUAAGGCCGGAUUCUUCAAGCGGGCCAAGAAGGAGGAAAUCGAGAAGCUGCAUCGUGAGAGCGUCCGAAUGAAUCAACCCCAGGACACCGAUGACGAAAGCUAGAUCCGACUACGCUUGUUCCUAGGGCAGACAUGCCAAAAGUUGUAAAAAAUAACCGAAUGCAUUACCAAAUGUACGGAGAUGUACAACUAGAAGUAAAUUCAAACCAUUACAAUAAGACUUUGUUAGGUGUGUAAGGUUAGAAAAAGUUAAGAAUGAUUUAAAUAGUAAAAAACGAAAAGUCACAAUAUUUUUUGAUAUGGUUUUCUACCUUCUAAGAUAAUUUAUUGAUCAAAUGAAUGAUUUCUUUCAAUCGUUCAAAGAAUAAAACGCUUAUCCAUUUCUUGUUUGGAGCAAUAAAAAAACAAAACUUCGA